AUGGCUGUUGACGCAGGGUCCAGUUUCAGGUUUUGUCGGGCGGUGCUAGACCACGCCCUCUCGGCAGAGGACCUGAGCUUCCAGCGGGCCCGGAAGGCGGGCGGAAACCUGACCUGGCACGACGGGCGUGGGCAGAAGACAGCCGGCGGCAGGACAGUGAAGCUCCUACAGCAGCCUGGGACAGAGGCCCUACAGCUGCGGCCGGGUGAGGCCUUCGCAGUGUACCACACUAGCCCUACCCUCUCGGGUCUGUCCAGGCCUGUGGUUCUGUGGAGCCAGCAGGAUGUCUGCCGGUGGCUGAAGAGACACUGCCCACACAACUACCUGACCUACGUGGAGGUCUUCUCCCACCACGCCAUUACAGGUCGUGCAUUGCUCAGGUUGAAUGGUGAAAAACUGGGCCGUAUGGGUAUAGUUCAGGACGCGCUGCGGCAGGAAGUUCUACAGCAGGUGCUGCAGCUUCAGGUGCAGGAAGAAGUGCGAAACCUGCAGCAGCUCAGCCGGGCCUCUUUCGGAAACCUCUGGUAGAAGUGUCCGUCCAUUUGGCAAUUCGUGCUGGUACCGAUGACCCGCCUGACCUGUCCAGAACUGCUAAAGGAAGUGUGCCGGUCAGAUGGUUUCACAGGAAGUCCCGUCCCACCCCGCCCAGUGAAGGAAGGGCCCCUUUCAUCC